AUGAACAUUACAAUCACAUCAAAUUUACAUAUCACAACAACUGGAAAUGAGGAAGACCUUACACCUUCGUUGAAAUGUAGGUUAUCCGUAUGUCAGGACAAGCCAUGGUACCUAUGUGGGACCUUUGUUCUCACAAUGGUAAACCUUGCAGUAGGAACAGCGGCAAAUUGCUUUCUUUGUUUCCAGAUCAUCCGAAAGAGAUCCUACCAUACCACUACUUUUGCUUGCAUUUUCGUCUUAGCUCUAAGUGACAUCAGUGCAUCAAUUUCCAUGAUGGCUGCUUCGGUGGAUCUUAAUACAAAACCAAUAAGCACAGUCACGUUUUCAGAAAUAUUUGAAAUUGUGGACCGAAAUAUUCUACUUGCAAUGGCGACAACUGUUAUAUGGUCCAAUGAGAAUAUGGUGCUGUUUGCUAUUGAAAGAUAUUCUUUAAUGAAGAAUCCAAUCAAGUAUGCUAGAUUUCAAACACCAAAAAGAAUAUUUGUAAAAUCGUUUCUUUGCCUUUUUAUAACCGGGGUAUUUAAUAUUUGCACUCUUGUCAUACUUAUUCAACUAAUAUGUAAAGAGAUGAACGCAAAUUGUAUUCUGCCUUUCUUCGGUGCAUUGGGUAUUCCAUUUUGGGUGGUAACUUUAAUUUUGUUGAUCGUUAUUCAUCGCAGUAAAAUAAAACGUUUACGUGCGACACAUCUCAGUACAAAUGUACAAAUCGAUCGCGUAACGUCUAGAAUGACGAAAUCAAUUUACGUCAUUUUGAUUAAUUAUUUUAUCGCCAAUGGACCUUCUCUCGUGAUCGAUAUUUUGAAAUUUCUUGAACUGUUCUGUACAUUUUCAUUUAAGGUAGAUGGACCUUUACUUUUUAAUGUGACUUUUUUCUUCAGUUCCAUAAAAGUCACUGCUAAUCCAUUUAUAUAUUUCUUCUGUUCUAAGGUCAAAUGUCAGAGAUGUUGUUAUUUCGGAAACAAACCUCUUGCUUCGUCAGCGUUUUCGUAA